AUGGCUGUUUUUUUAUACCUGCUGGUUCUCACAGCACUGGUCUGCGCUGGCCGGGAAGACAGCGCGGCAGACACGAUGUGCACCGAGAUUACAGUCAAUAAAAGCUAUAGCUGUGAAGGUUUAGGUCUGACAGAAAUUCCUGAACAGCUACCUGUCACCACAGAAAUCCUCGACUUCAGCUUCAACUUGCUUCCUACCCUUCACAAUUCAACCUUCUCCAAGCUGAGCAGUCUGUUAUCCUUGGAUCUAACAAGGUGUCAGAUCAGCUGGGUGUACGAGGAUGCCUUCUACAACAACCACCGGCUGCACACCAUCGUGCUCACUGGAAACCUGCUCCUGUUUCUGUCCGACACAGCAUUUGUCGGCCCCCAGUCCCUGAAGCAGCUUGUAUUAACACAGACAGGAAUAAGCAAACUGUCCUUUAUUCCCAUGACAAAUCUAGACAGCUUGGACACGCUUAUCUUGGGCAGCAACCACAUCUCUUCGUUGCAGUUGCCUCCCAACUUUCCAACUCAGAACCUCCACUAUCUUGAUUUCCAAAUGAACAACAUAAGAACAAUCACAGCAGAAGAUGUCAGUGUCCUGCAGAAGACCAGUAACAUAACACUCAUCUUUAAAGGCAAUGACAUUUUGUACAUUGAACCUGGGGCUUUCCAGUCCAGUUUCUACAGUGUGGAUUUUGGGGGCUGCAUCAACAUCCCGGGGAUCUUGGCAGGGAUGCGGAACUCCUCAGUCCACACGCUUUGGCUGGGAACAUUUAAUGACGUGGAAAAGGAGUCCUACUUAAGCCCUGACAACUUACAAGGCCUCUGCAACAUCACUGUACAGGAUGUCUAUCUGCAUCUCCGGCACUUUGAAAACCUUAAUGCUGCCACAUUUCGCUGUAUGACCAAGCUGCGGAAGCUGGACCUGACUCACACGCACAUCAGCGCCUUGCCCCCUGACAUCAGUGGUAUGAUGGCGCUCACAGAGCUGGUUCUCAACAAGAACUUCCUCGAGCACCUCUGCAAUGCCAGCGCAGCUGCCUUCCCCUCCCUCACACACCUCUACCUCCGCGGAAACACGCACACGCUGCAGCUGGGCUCUGGCUGCUUGCAGAAAGCAGCAAAGCUUCAGCAUCUCGAUUUAAGCCACAGCCACAUUGAAAGCUCCAACUGCUGCAGCGAAGCACUAAGCGGGUUGAGCAGCCUUCGGUACCUGAACCUGAGCUACAACUCCAGACUCCACGUUGGUGAUGAGCUCUUUAGGGAAGGUGCUAACUUGGAGGUGCUGGACAUAGCUUUCACCCAGCUGCACAUCAGCAGUUCACAGGGGCCUUUCCGAAAUCUUCAUCUCUUGCAAGUCCUGAAUCUUUCCUCCUCCCAGAUCAACAGUAGCAUUUCCCAUCUCUUUAAAGGCCUGGAAAAGCUAAGGGUCUUGGACCUCAGUCAGAAUAUCUUUGAGUCAGGGAUCAUGCCAAAGAGCAAACUGCUUCAACAGUUAACCGGUUUAGAGGUACUGAUUUUAGCAUCCUGUGAAUUGACAGCAAUAGAUGGCCAAGCAUUUCACUUCCUCAGGAAGCUGAGGUACGUUGAUCUGAGCCACAACAAGCUCACCACAUUCAGCACAGAUGCAUUUUCACAUCUUAAGAGCGUCUAUCUCAAUUUUGCCCACAAUAGGAUUCAGAUCAUACAACGUGACAAGCUAGUGUCCCUACCUGGCCACAGUGUAAUCAAUUUAAGUUACAAUCCUUUGGAGUGCACUUGCUCCAAUAUUGAUUUGAUCACCUGGUACAAGGAGAAUCUGGAUAAAAUUGAAGACCCUGAAGAAACAACAUGUUCUGAACCCAAAUCAUUAGCUGGUGUUCAGUUAUCUACUGUUACUCUCUACUGUGGGAUCAGCACUAUGGGGAUCAUUGCAGCUGUCCUGGGCAUUUUGCUGUGCGUUGCCCUCUUCAUCUGGAGUGCUCGCUCUUUCAAGCAAAGAUACCAGCAAAUCUAA